AUGAUUAAGCUAUUUAAAGUGAAGGAAAGGCAGAGGGAGAUUGCAGCAAAUGCCAAUGGAAAACCACCUGUUAAGAAGCAAAGUGCAGGAGAAUUACGUCUUCACAGAGAUAUCAGUGAGCUGAACCUACAAAAAACAUGUACCAUAUCAUUUCCCAAUGGCAAAGACGACUUGAUGAACUUUGAGGUUACUGUUCGCCCUGAUGAAGGAUAUUAUUUAGGUGGCACAUUUAUGUUCACGUUUCAAGUUUCUCCUGUCUACCCUCAUGAGGCGCCAAAGGUCAAGUGCAAGACAAAGGUCUACCAUCCUAAUAUUGACUUGGAAGGAAAUGUCUGCCUCAACAUUCUAAGAGAAGACUGGAAACCUGUUUUGAAUAUCAACACUAUAAUAUAUGGACUAUUUCAUCUUUUUACGCAACCCAAUUAUGAAGAUCCCCUUAAUCAUGAUGCAGCAGCUGUUCUAAGGGAUAACCCAAAGAUGUUUGAGUCCAACGUGAGAAGGGCGAUGGCUGGUGGGUAUGUGGGGCAAACCUUAUUCCCACGCUGCAUGUAG